ACACACACACACACACACACACACACAUACAUACUCACACACUUGUCUUUCCUCAGAUGUGGUGGUACAGACUAGCGGUGAUGGUGGCGGUGGUGGCAGUGGCAACGGCAGAGGCGAAGGCAGAGGCGAAGGCGGAGGCGAAGGCGGAGGCGGCGGCAGAGGCAGAGGCGGCGGCGGAGGCGGAAGCACAGCCCGACGCGAAGGCAGCAGCAGAGGCGACAGCGGAAGCCAAGGCAGAUGCGAAUUUCCCCCUGCUGCCUUAUCCGCCCGCUCUGUGCUAUCCCGUGACUCAGUACGUGAAGGCUUACAAGACCCACGCGCAGAAGGUACCAGUGUACAAGACGGAGUACAAGCAGGCCAUCGUACCCUUCACCAAGCACACCACCCACUACCAGACACAGUACAUCACCAAGCACCAGAAGGAGUACGUGCCCAAGUACGAGACAGACGUGGUGUACAAAACAAAGGUCAACUACGUCACCAAAGUCAUCACCAGCUACCAGACGGACUACCAGACCCAGUACGUGACGGUGCCGGAGUACGUGCCGAAGUACGUGACGGAGACACUGUACAAAACACACUACCAGACCAACGUGCAGUACCAGCCUAUCUACACCACCCAGUACACCCCGGUAUAUGUCACCACCACUCAAGUGCAGUACAAGACCCAGUACACGACGGCGGUGGUGCCAACAUACGUCACGGUGUCCAAGGAGGUGGUGGACUACAAGACUUACUGCCCUGAACCUGCCUAUGGGUACUAACGCUAACUAACUAACUAAUCAACUACCUCUCUCUCUCUCUCUCUCUCUCUCUCUCUCUCUCU